UUCAGUUCGGAAUCCAGACAUUUUCAAAGUAAAUAUGAUGCUGAAAGCCACAAGAGAUGCAAUGGGAGAUUAUUCCAAAAAUUCUUCCUUACCUCAUAACUUCUACUCUGAAAGCUCCUCUUCCUCCUCCGAUGAUGAUCGUGAGGAUGAAGUUAGUGAGAUCCAUGACCAGGUUAGAAGGUCAAUGAUGAGGUAUGGAGUGGAUGCUCGGAAGAAGAAUGUCAGGAUCUCUCAGAUUAUUUAAAAUCAUCGCGUUUGCUGCAGCAAUAAUAGUGAUUCCUGCUGAGUUGAUUCUUCGCGAUGUGCUAAUGGAUGCGGAGCAAGGAUUUAUUUCUAGAUUCCAGAGAGCUUUACAUCAUUCAUUUUGGGCAACUCUAGCAAAAAUCAUAAUCUACACAGGAGAAGUGAAGUUUAUCGAAGGUUGGGCUGUAUUUUUAUAUCUCUCCUCAGACAGCUUGCUUGGAUUCAAGGCUUCCAUGGUUACCUUUACAGGGGUGCUUCUCAUUGCCUUACUUAAACUACUUUAUCAGAUUCCUCGCCCAUUCUGGAUAUCUACUGAAGUUCAAGGAAAAGCUUGAAACUUUGACUUCUCAGGGCCUUCCGAUCAUGUAUUUUUGGCUACUUUCUUCUACUCAUAUGUUAUCUUAAUCUAUUCCAAGUACACUGACAGGCUUGCGAAUAAAUUACAAAUCGGGCUUUUAUUGAUGAAUAUUCUUGUGGUCAUUCUUAAUGCUCUAGCCUUGAAUUAUUUAGGGAGCACCUUCCUUUUCCAGAGCCUCAUUGGAGCUAUUUGUGGUGUCCUAUACUGAAUAUUCUGUGUAACAUUUGAUGCGGAUAUCCAUUCUGCAUGUGAAAGAAUAGCAUUUUUGAUUAAAACUUCCAGAUACAUGAAAUUCAAAGUUUUUUUCAUAGCACUCGGAGUAUUUGUGUUGACAUUUAUGUAUUUCAACAGCGUCUUGGUCACUUUUAAAGUAGACCAUCUAUGGAUCCAGAAUUCAAUAGAUGAUUGAAACAAGAACAUUAAUUAUGAAGCCAGAAUGGGCAUUGAUCCUACAUUUGAAGACACAUCUAUUAUUUUUGGAAUCAUAGGAGCCACUUUUGGUGCAUCCACAGCUAAUAUCACCAUCGGAAAUAUUGUAUGGUCCCAUACAGUUUGGUGGAAACGGCUGCUAAGGGGCCUGAUUGGGUUUAUCUUCAUUGUUGGGAUCCAUCUCUUGCCUUUGCUCAUAGCUUAUCAUGAUUUUACAACUAAAUAUUUCUUUAAUGAGUUGGUUCCAACUUUAGCUGCCUCUUACAUAGCAUUUGGAAUCAUACCAAUUUUAUGAAAUUACUUGAAGCUUACCAAUCAAUAUCAUGAAAGGUCACAAUCUGUGUUGUCAGUUGCUUCUUUCCGCCAAGUAAUUCAGAACGAAUCUGGUAGCUCAUCCAGUAAACCAAGUAGCGAGGAGUCUAAAAGGAUGCAGGAUUCCAUUAUCAACCCCAAACAUGAAGAAAAGAAAUUGCCCUUUAAAAGAAGCGUUGCCAGCAAUAAUGCAGAUGGUGAUAAGUCAGAUGAUAUCCCUCUUUUAUCUAAAGAGUAAUUUAUUAGUCCAAAUUGCUUUUAUAACCAAGGUUUCA